UUUUAGAGCGUCGAUAAAAAUUUGCGACUUUGUUGAUGGGUUGGGCUAGGAUACUGAUUAUAAGUCCAGCCUCAUGGCCCAAUCUCUCUUUCGGUUCCGGUCCGACCCAUACUGUCACAGAGAGCGGAGGCUGCCACUUAAUCAGUCGACAACCAACUGUUCGACGAAAUGCUUCAAUGAAAUAUCAUAUUUUGACGAAGCCGCAUACGAUUAGAUGAGGUACGUAAAGCCUUUGAGCUUGUUCCAAGACUUGGUUAGGGGCAAUGCUCUCGAACGUGGGCGUUUGCUUGGUUUGGACGUCGGCGACAAGUACGUCGGCGUAGCUGUUUCAGACAUUCAUAACAAGAUUGCUUCACCUUUAAGCGUUCUGCUUCGGAAGAAAUCAACACUUGAUAUGAUGGCCGAUGAUUUUCAGAGUUUGAUCUCUGAACUUUCUCUGGAGGGCUUCAUUGUUGGAUACCCUUUCGACAGACAGAGACGCAGUCCUGAUGCUGUCCAAGUGAAGCUUUUCAUUGAUGACCUCUCUGCGACAAGAAAACUUGAAGGCUUAAAAUAUACGUAUUGGGAUGAGGGCUUUACAUCAAAGGUUAGUGCAGAUAGGCUUGGAAAAUUAUCGAGUCUGGUAAUAUGA